CGGCGGCAGCUAGUCAGGCCUGGGCGCCAACAGCGCCUCCGCCCGGAAAUCGGUUGUCGCCAUUUUGGCAGUGGAGGGGCGAAGGCCUGGGCACUGCGGAGCUUGACUGGGAUCCUUUGCACAGGGGAAGCGUCCGCCUUCGCCAGAGAUGGCUCGUGUGCUCUGUAACCGAGCCAGAUUGGUUUCCUAUCUCCCAGGAUUUUGUUCGUUAGUGAAAAGAGUUAUCAAUCCAAAAGCCUUUUCAACUGCAGGAUCCUCAGGUUCUGAUGAGUCGCAUGUGGCCACUGCUCCUCCAGAUAUAUGCUCUCGAACAGUGUGGCCUGAUGAAACUAUGGGACCAUUUGGGCCUCAGGAUCAAAGAUUCCAGCUUCCCGGGAAUAUAGGCUUCGAUUGUCACCUCAAUGGGACUGCCUCACAGAAGAAAAGCCAUGCCCAUAAAACUUUGCCUGAUGUUCUAGCAGAGCCUCUUUCAACUGAAAGGCACGAGUUUGUGAUGGCGCAGUAUGUGAAUGAGUUUCAGGGCAGUGAUGCACCUGUUGAACAAGAAAUUAACAGUGCAGAAGCUUACUUUGAAAGUGCGAGAGUUGAGUGUGCAAUUCAGACAUGCCCAGAACUGCUGCGAAGAGAUUUUGAGUCACUUUUUCCAGAAGUGGCUAAUAGCAAACUAAUGAUCCUGACUGUAACACAGAAAACUGAAAAUGAUAUGACUGUUUGGAGUGAAGAGGUAGAACUUGAGAGAGAGAUGCUCUUGGAAAAGUUCAUUAAUGGUGCUAAGGAAAUUUGCUAUGCUCUUCGGGCUGAAGGAUACUGGGCUGAUUUCAUUGAUCCAUCAUCUGGUUUGGCAUUUUUUGGACCAUAUACAAACAACACACUGUUUGAAACAGAUGAACGCUACCGGCAUUUAGGAUUCUCUGUUGAUGACCUUGGCUGCUGUAAAGUGAUCCGUCAUAGUCUCUGGGGUACUCAUGUGGUUGUAGGAAGCAUCUUCACUAAUGCAGCAGCAGACAGCCAUAUCAUGAGGAAGCUCAGUGGAAACUAGCAUUGCCCUGUGAUGGUUGCGGCACUGCCUGUCUGUAACGGACUGCUCUGUAUACAUACAGCUGUGGACUGCAGCUUCUAGAGGCUUCUUGUUUCUAGGUAUUUAUUUCAUCAUUUGUGGUUUACAUCAACAGGUGACUUGGGAUUUCAAAUUGCAAAUACUAAUUCAUAUUCUGGAGUACAUGUUGAACACACAUUCUACAGAAUGAGGUCAUCAACAUGUACCAGGGUAUUUAUGGUCUCUUAUUGUUAAUUCUCCCCUUUAUUGGGAAAACUUUGUUUUUUUCCAAAAAUAAAUGAUACAUUUGGUUAUGA